UCAAAAUUGAAAGAUUAUAAUUUCAAUAAUGUGUUAUAAAGCAAGGUGACGAAUAAACUAUAAGAAGUCGUAUCAUGUAUCUAUGGAAACAAACAUUACAACAAUACAACCACUGAUGUGUAAACCGACAUUUGCGUUUGUAAUUUUUGGACUCGAAUAUACUCUUAAUUUUUUAAAUGUUUAUUUUAUUGUAUAAGUUUACAAUUAAAAAUAUUUAUUGAAAAUAAAAUAAAAAGGUUAAUACUCAGUUUUAUUAUUUUUAUUACUAAGUAAAACAAUAUAUCAUAAGAAGAUUUUUAAACAUCAAGUAACAAAGUUAUAAUGUCUCGUAUAUCUAAUGGAACUUUGUUACAUCCUAACAAUGAAUUUUUAAUGAAUCGUCCAAAUAGUUGUUCUACUAAAAGUUUACAUGAAAAAUCAUGUCCAAUGUAUUUAAAAGUGUCAUCUUUCAAGACUAUUGAGCAGUGUCGUGAAAAAAUUGAAGAAUUAGAAAAACAAAAUAUUCGUCUUAUAUCAAAGGUUAAAGUAUUGAAAUAUCAAUUAAAAGCAUCAACUUCAUUGUACAACAACAUACAUCAGAGACCAGAAAAACCAAUAUCUAGGCUUUCUCAAAGAUCAACACCUAUUAAACAAAAUUUGUCAAGAUUAUCAAGAGUAGAUUUUGAAGAAAAUACAAAGACUAUCUUACUUCCAGAACGGAAAUUUGAAAGCACGGAAUCAUUUGACAGUGACAACAGUCUUAUAGAUAAUAAAAGUAAAUUAAGAGAAAAUAUUGAAAUCAUUCAUUCCCAUAGAGUUUUUAAAAGUAUGCAAAUAAAAUUGGAUACUUUAGAAGCACAAUGUAAAUCGCUUGAACAAAAUCUUUUAGACGCUGAUAAAUUACUUCAGAAAGAAAAAGAUAUUCAAGAAAGACUAACUAAAGAUCUAAUUAGAGAAAGACAUACAUUAAGUGAAAUAAAACCAAAAUUAAAUUCAUGUAAAGAAACAAAUAGAGCACUAGAAGAACAAAUUCGUGAUUUACAAAAGGAAAAGUCGUCACUAAAAGAUCAUAACCAAAAACUUUUAUUGCUUACAUCUAAACCACAUAAUAAUGGGCUCAAGUUAAAAGAAUUGGAAGAUAAUUUUACAAAUUCAAGGGCAAGCCUUUUAAAGCAAAUGGAUGAGAAUAAUAAAUACAUUGCUGAAUUAAUAACAGAAAAUGAACAUUUUAAAAAUCAAAAUUUGGAACUUUCGCAAAUAUUAGAAAGUAAAGAAAAAGAAAUUCAACAAAACCUGAAACAAUCUUUAGAGGCAGCAGAAAAAUAUAAAAUUAAAAAUGACUUAUCAAGAAUUAAUGAUAAUCAAACGGUUCUUGAUCAACCUAAUAUAGAUACUGAUGAUAAAAGAUUAAAAAGUCAAAUUGAAGAUCUUCAACAAGCACAAGCAAAAAUUAACCAAGCAUUAGUUUCGCAGUCUUAUUUGAAUAAUAAAAUGAAAGAUAAGGUUGACAAAUUGAAAAGCGAUUUAAAAAUAGCUACAGAAUUAUUAAAAAACCUUUUAAGUUUAUUUACUGGCAUCAUAUCACAAGAUCUUAUUUGGCCAAUUAUAACCACUACAGAAGUUGUAGAAAAAGCUAUCAAUGUGAUGAAGAAGAAUGCUGAUAUCAAUAUUAAUAAUAUUGACUUAGAAGACGUUAUCAAAAAAGUUAUGGAUAUCUUAAAUGAUUUUAGAGACAAAAUUAUCAAAAAACAUACAGUUUUUAAUCAGGAACAAUUAUUUUUAACAACAUCAAAUUUAAAUCAAAAUCAUCUUUCAAAUCAUUUAAUUGAUGAGCAGAUUCACUUCUCUAAUGCAACUCAAAAUAAUAUUCCGCAAUUUGAAGUACAUAUGCAAAACUUAACUUUUAGUGAUGAAAGUCUUCUAUACUUAAAGUCUAUUCAGUCCGAACCAAAUAUAUUUUUGACAUGGGGAUUUAAAGAUCAAGAAGAUAUGGCUUACUCACCUAGCAAAUUAGCUUGGUCUGCUGAUUUCAACUGUAGUUGUUUUUAUCGCAGCUCUAGUAUCACAGAACUUUUACAUUUUAUCACUAAGCAUGGUUUAUUUGUUAAUGUACAUUUAGCAAAAAAUCAAAAAUCGCCUAGAAUUGCUACAGGAUUAUUGAAUACAUUUGAUUCUUUAAAUAACCCUAUGGAAAAAUUAAAUUUAAUUGUUCCUAUUAAAGGCGAAAAUGUCGAUGCGAAACUCAAAUGUACUUUACAACUAGUAUGCAACUUACAAGAUUUACUUAUGUAUAAAAAUUGCAUUAAUAACAAAUAUAAUGAGUAAUGUAUUAUGCGUUUAUCUAUCACAAGACAUAGUGAUAUUAUCGGUAAAAAAAAAUUUUUCACACUUAUAAUUGUUUAGAACGAUUCUGUCUUUCUUUUUUUUUAAAUUGAGAUUCCAAUAAAUAUAUUAUUUUAUAUCCAAAAAAUCAACUUUUAAUUUUUAACACGUGGGUAUUUAACGCAUAUAUAAGAGCUAUUUUAAUUAAGAUAUAAAACACACCAAAAGUAAGAAUUUCUCUUAUUACAAAUAAAUAAUAAUAUUGCUAUGAAUAUAUUCAUUCAUAAUACAAUGCGUUUUCUUUUCA